AUGGCGACGAUCAGCGACGACUCUCUCGGCAAUCACCACGAAAAGACCGACAUCAAAGGAUGUGUGGAAACAGGCAUUGACAUCGAGCGAACGGCCACGUCAGGCACCCCCAAAAAUGGCCGCUCCACGGACUUCUCAGCGGUGCAGUCUGCGGGCUACCAUCGAUCUCUGACUCGCCGCAAGGUCAUGAUGAUGACUUUUGGGGCCGGCAUCGGAACAGGUCUUUGGGUAGGGACUGGGCAGGCAUUGCUUUAUGCUGGCCCGGCUGGGACUGCCUUGACCUACACAUUGACGGCAAUAAUAGUCUACGCACAAUACUCCUCGAUCGGCGAAAUGACAAGCUACAAGCCCGUGCAUGGUGGGUUCAUCCGACAAUGCAUCGAGUAUGUGGAUCCAGCAUUCGGCUUUGCGAUCGGCGUCAACUUUUGGUUUGCGUGGGUGAUGAUUAUUCCUGCUGAAAUUACUGCCGCCGUUUCGGUGUUGAAAUAUUGGCCUGAAACCAAUGUCGUCCCGUUAGCGGCGUAUAUCACGAUAUUCAUUGUGGUCAUUGCCCUGGGCAACGUUUUUCAUGUACGAGUCUACGGAUAUGUCGAGUACUAUAUGUCGUUCAUCAAAUGUCUCGCUGUGGUUUUGAUGAUCUUCUUCAUGUUCAUUAUGACCUCGGGAGGCAUCGCUGCUACCAAUGGACCGAUCGAGUUCCGGUACUGGAAAAAUCCGGGAGCUUUCAAUAAUGGAAUCAAGGGUAUCUGCAAGGCAUUUGUUCAAGCUGCGUUUAGCUUUGGCGGGGGCGAACAUAUUGCUGUGAUCGCCGGCGAAGUUGCCAACCCACGGCAGACCAUCAAGAAAACCGUCCGCCCAGUCUUUUGGCGUAUGUUCACGUUCUUCGUCGUCAACAUUUGGCUAGUGGGAAUGUGUGUUCCAUCCAACGACCCCGACCUGAAUGCCGAUGGAACCUUGGGAAGUCCCUUUGUGAUUGCCAUCAAGAGAGCGGACGUCUACGGCCUGGCGCAUGCGAUCAAUGGCUUCAUCUUUCUCAGUGUCAUCAGUUGUGGAAUCACCAGUGUUUAUGUUGCGAGUCGUAGCCUGACAGCUCUGGCUGACAUGAACAUUAUUCACCCCUCCUUCGGCAAGAAGGACAAGCGGGGUCGACCUUACGUGUCGCUCAUUAUCAGCCUGGGACUCGGAGGCGGGCUGUGCUAUCUCAAUGUCAACAGUGUGGGUGUCAUUGUUUAUGGCUGGUUUUCUUCUCUGGUCGCAAUCGCUACUCUAUUCGAGUGGUCUUCAUGCUAUAUCGCUCAUCUGCGUUUUCGACAGGGCUUGAAAGCACAGGGUAAAGAUCUUCGUACGCUCCCUUUUAAAGGGUUUCUCACUCCUUGGGCUCAAUACCUGAGUCUGACAAUCGUUUUGUUCGUCUUUGGGUGCGAGUUUUAUCUGGCGUGUUGGCCAUUUGGAGAAAAGGGGUCCGUAAAAAGCUUCUUUUCAAGCUACCUCGCAGCACCGCUAUUUUUCUUCGAUUAUUUCGUCUACAAGGCAAGAACCCAGAGCCGUAACGUCUUUGAAUUGAGUCAAAUGCUAAUUAAUAAGCAGUGGUAUUACAAAACCAAGAUUGUGAAAGCAAAGGACAUGGAUUUCUCGGAAGCACACUACUUCGACGAGGAAGAACACCUUGAGGCCAUUGCAGCAGAGCAGCGAGCACAAGAAGACCUGCCCAGUGAGAAGGAAACUUGGGUCAAGCGUGCUCGAUACCUUGUAUUUGGAUAA